AUAUUGAAAAGGACAAUGAAACGUGCGUUGAUUUGUAUCUGCCUCUUCAGCAUUGUAUCGUGUUUCCCUAUUUCAGAUUCAGAUUCGGACAGCUCAGACAAUGCUGAGUUGAAGAUUAACAGAAAAUCAUCAGAAUCAAGCUUGCAGAGUUCAGAACAGCAGUCUGACACAAGUGAAGAAGUCACUCCUGUGCAGAAUGUAGACAAUAUUAAUGGUGAAGAUACAGUGGACAAUACAGACCAUGUGUCCUUACCAAGUGUUAACGAUAAUGAAAAUCAUCAAGAGGAAGUAUCAGAAGGAGAUGAUGCUGAUGAACAUGGUGAGGAAGAUCAGAGCUUGCACACUGAAGACCACAACGGUAGUUCUGAAAAUGAGAAAAAUGGAGAUUAUAUUUCUGGAGAACAUAAAGAUGAAGAUGACAAUGGAGAAUCAGGGAGUAAUGAAGACAUUUUUGGACACAGCCAAACUACAGAAAUUCUAGACACUGAUUGCUGCCAUGACAAUAAAGAGACAAAGAUCGCAGAAUCAAGCCAAAAGCAAAGUCAUACCACUGGACAAAAUGAACUCUCUAAUGAAAGUCCUACAACUUCCGACGUAAAUAUUAGUGAUACUGAAGAAAAUGCUGAUCUUGAAAAAGGGAGUAAUGUAGUUAGUGAUGAAACACAUCAAGAUAAUGAUGUAAGUUUAGCUAGUGAUGUCCUUGGUGAGGAUGAUAAUGAUGACUAUGAAGAUGAUGUAAAUGUCAUAACUGGUGAUAGUAAAGAAAAUCAGCAGAAUGGCGACUGUGGCACUGACUUACCAAGCCAGGAGUAUGACUCUGACGGAGACAAAAUGCAAAAUGAUGAUUCAAAUACCUUAUUAAGCAUCAACAGUGAUUCCAGUAUGAACACAGAUACUGCAAAUAGUUCCUCUAAAAUGAAAAAACAAGUCACAACUGAGAAGAAAAAUAAGAGAAAAAAAGUUGCUAGUAAAGAGACACAUGGUAGUCCAAAAGGUAGGGAUAAAAAGAAAACCGUAAGGGCCAAAUCAAAUAACCAAAAGCAGGAAGCGAAGAAUACAUCAGAAGACCUUAUAAGCGUAGAGAGCAGAGGUUCUCAAAUAGUAUAUAAUGUGAUAACAAAUAUCAAAUCACAUGGAAAUGUAUCAAAUGAAGACAGUCACUCACAGGAAGGUAGUCAGACAAAUGAAGACACACACGUAAUUCAACAUUCUAGCCAAUCUGAAGAGGGAGUCACAAAAGCUAAAAAAUCUCACAAGACCUUAAAGCAGAAUAUCACCCAGUUAAAGAAAGAUACUACGGACUCAGAUGAGAAAACCACUCAUUCAGCAGAAGAUAAAACGCUGUCUACAGAAGACACUAUUGAAUCACUGGAGGAUGUGAUAAAAUCAGUAAUAGACACCAUAGAAUCAGUGGAAGUUCCAUCUGAGUCUGAAAAGGAUGAAACUCCAUCAGCAGAAGAUACCACUGAAACAGUGGAAGAUCUAAUUCAGUCUGAGAUAGAUGCUACAACAUUAGCAGAAGACACCACGGAAUCAGUAGAAGAUUCAUCACUGCCUGAACAGGAUUCUACUCCUUCAGCAGAAGACACCACUGCAUCAGUGGAAGAUAGUGCUCAAACAAUCGAGGAUGUAGAUUUGUCACAAGAAAAUAUUAGUGAGCUGAAAAGUUUAGAAAGUCACUCAAAUGAAUUUAAAAGAUUGAAUGAAGAUCAGAAGCAACUGAUGGAAAAGGUUAGCAAAAGCACAUCAAUGGAAGAUAGCAAAAACUCAAAAGAAAUUGGUCAUAAAUCAACACAGGACAUUAGUCAUUCUAGAGAAAGCAGUAGCAUCGAAAUAAAGGAAACUGCAUCUGAUGAGAACUCUGAAGAUAUUGAUUCGAAGCAAAGCGACAGCAAGUCAGAUGAAGUUGACACCACACAAGAAAAAGUAAGUGGCAGUGAAUCAACAGAGAUCAACAAAUCAUUUGAAAUGAGGUCCAUGGUCCUUGGAAACAGUUCAGUGUAUGACAGCAGCUCUAAGAGCAAUUCAAAUGAAUUAUCAAGCAGCUCCAAAGAGGACAAUAAUAACGAUUCUGAUACAACUGGUAUGAAAGACAAAGGAAACAUGACUUAUGAGGAUAAUGAAAGCCAAUCUAAAGAGAGCACUGAAAGUGAAUCAAGGAUGGAGAAGCAGAGUGCAUCUAGUGAGUCUGAUAAUGUUAGCCAAGCAUCAAUAAGCGUGGAAAUUGAUAGCCGAAGGCUAAUGUUUGGUGUUUAUCAACGUAAGGCCAUUGGAAAUGACAAUGAUUGCCAAGAUGGUUAUUAACUAUAAUUUAAACUAUAAGAAGAUCAAGACCUUAUUAUUACUAAGCAGUAUUUUUUUCUACAAAACACUGUACAGAUACUAGGCACGAUAUUACCCAUUGACUUCACAAUGUAUGCCUUGAGCACACUUCAUAAUCUAUCAAAAGGAAAUUGAUGUUCUAACAUUAUGUAGUGUAGUUUGUCUAUGCCAUUUAACAACAAGAAAGUAUAUUGGCAAUUUGUGUCAAGAUAUAUCCUGGGUAAAACCUUAAAUGUAACUAUUAUUGCUAUACCUGUUUCUUAUUUAUGUGACAUUAUUGAUAUUAAACACUGGA